GCAAUCACUGCGGUUAGAUCCACAGCUGAUGGGUGAGUCGGUGGUCACUGGGCCCAUUUCAUCACGUUAGUGUUAUUAUUUCUGUAGUUAGAAACAUACUAUUAAGGCACCCCCAUUUAAAAUAAGAAUACUGCAACAUUUUUGUAGUUCAUAAGUAGUUGUUUGGGGACUUUAUGAAGACACGUCUCGGUUCUGUCCAACCAUAACUACGGCUCAACAGCGCGAGAACCGGAGGAUCGACGAUUGGUGCCGUUCGGCUGUUGGGAAUCUCCGAGAAUUACAGAUUGUAUAAGACGUAGCUUGAUUUAGGUGAUGUACUGAUGUACCCAUUGAUAUCAGCUCUGCCAUAUUUUUCAUUCUCGUUGUCCUAGCAAAUUGGUAAAACUACUCCAAGCACCAUUGUACAAGAUUUGCAUAACCAGACACGAAAAGUUUUUUCUUGCUAAAUACCUUAAUAGUCCAUAAGUUUUUCUCAAAGCGUAGAUGUCUCAUACACUUGGCACUGUGGAGAGCUGAUGGCUAGUUUUCGUAUUCCGUGGCCUCUUGCUACAUGCUAUUGUAAUUCUGGAUACACUAUUACGGUACUGAAAAGACCAGACUUACUGGAGACAGGCGGACUGAUCCGUGUUAAUUGCAGGCUAGUAUACUGGUCGGUUAACUGUCAACUGAUCUUAUCGACGAAAGGCCAGUGAACUGGUCAAUUCAGCGGGAGACCAGUGCUGGAAUAGAAAGGCAAGGAUGGUGGAAGCAGAGGAAACGUCUCAAGGUUCUACUAGAAAGCUUUCCUGUAAAACAUUAACUGUUGUGAAACCCUUUCCAUGUAGAGGGAAGACGGCAAUGUUUUGGUUUGUUGCAGUAUCAUUUGUACUAUUAGAAAAAGGUGCACAGGCGCACACAUACACCAUUGAAGAACUAUUGAAUACAACCUUCCCACACAAAGUAUCAAAUGAUAUCUACCUCGAUCCUUGUAAAUCUGACGAGUUUGUGGCAGAUAUAGCACUCGGUAGGCUUGAGAACGAAGUUUAUGACCAGGAACUUGUACGGCAGCAAAAAGAAGAAAAUAACGGUAAAGACGUCCAUGGCCAAGGGGGAGUUGGUGUCGCCCUACAUGACUUGGAGACUUCGCAGUCCACAGGUCUUCCAUCUUUUCGAGAACCCUGUCGAACCCUGCGAAGACAUAGUAUUUCUCGUGGUCGUCGUGAACGAAAUGAUAGUCUCAAAAGACGUCGAAAAAAUAGGCGCCGAUUCUUGCGAACUCGACAGUGCCGAAGGAAUCUAGGAUCCCGUCGUCGAUCCGAAAGAGCAGCAACUGCUCGUCCAGAGCGAUUGUGGGAUUAUGCUGUAAUUCCUUAUGAAAUAGAGUCCAACUUUAGUGGUGAUCACAGAGCUCUAUUCAAACAAGCCAUGCGCCACUGGGAAAACUACACUUGUAUAAAAUUUGUAGAAAAAACUUCUGAACACCCGAAUUACAUUGUCUUUACCGAGAGACCAUGUGGGUGUUGUUCCUUUGUUGGGAAGCGAGGCAAUGGACCACAAGCUAUCUCUAUUGGAAAAAACUGCGACAAGUUUGGAAUAAUAGUGCACGAGCUUGGCCACGUAGUAGGGUUUUGGCACGAGCACACGAGACCUGACAGGGACCAGCAUGUCGUAAUUAUUACAGAAAACAUCAUGAAUGGUCAGCAGUACAACUUCGACAAGCUUUCUGGCGAAGAGGUUAACUCCUUGGGAUUGCCGUACGAUUACAACAGUAUCAUGCACUACGCCAGAAAUACCUUCUCUAAAAGCACAAAUCUGGAUACAAUAUUGCCGAAGGAAGAUAGAAUGAGUAACCAAAGGCCAGAAAUUGGUCAGAGACUCCGCUUAAGUAGAGGAGAUAUCGCCCAAACUAAUAUGUUGUACAAGUGUCCAAUUUGUGGAAAUACCUUGCAACAUCCCAACGGUUCUAUAUCUUCACCAAAAUACAUCGACUUUCCCCCACCACCAGAGGGGGAGGAAUGCGAAUGGAGGGUUACAGCCACUCAUGGGGAGAAAAUUGUACUCAAAAUACUUGAUUUGGAUAUUUUUGAAAGUGAAGACUGUGAAACUGAUUAUUUAGAAGUAAGAGACGGGUAUUGGUACAAAUCCCCACUUCUAGGUAGAUUCUGUGGCAGUGGACAGGCUCCAGAUAAAAUUAUGACAACUGGCUAUCGCAUGUUAGUUACUUUCAAAACGUCAAGCAAUCAUAAAGAGCAUAAAGGCUUCACGGCACAGUACGAAGCAAUAUGUGGUGGCGACGUCAUUAUGGAAGAGGGAGUUUUGCAAAGUCCAAAUUACCCAGAAGAUUACAGACCUAACAAGGAGUGUAUAUGGAAGAUUAGUGUACCAGAAACCUACCAGGUGGCACUUCAGUUCCAGUCCUUUGAGAUUGAAAACCAUGACAACUGUGUGUAUGAUUACGUGGAAAUCAGAGAUGGUCAUGACGUUAUUAGCCCUCUUCUGGGGAAAUUCUGUGGUUAUAAGAUCCCAGAGGAUGUUCGUUCAACAAAGAAUAAAAUGUUAGUCAAGUUUUUUUCUGAUGGAUCAGUGGAAAAAGCUGGAUUCUCCGCUAACUUCAUCAAAGAAUAUGAUGAAUGUGCCGGUAAGGAUCAUGGGUGCGAGCACACCUGUGUGAACACUUUAGGAGGAUACAGGUGCGAAUGUAAGAUUGGUUACGAACUUCAUUCCGAUGGAAAGAAAUGUGAAGAUGCUUGCGGAGGCAUUAUCGACGCAAUGAAUGGAACUAUUAUUAGUCCCUCCUUCCCUGAUCUCUACCCUCAAAAUAAGAAGUGUGUCUGGGAAAUUGUUGCUCUUCCUCAGUUCCGAAUCACUUUGAAUUUCACGCAUUUCGACUUGGAGGGAAACAACCAAGACUGUGAAUAUGACAGCGUGGACAUUCAGAGCAAGAUGGGCGAUAAUGAAGUUAGAAAACAUGGAAUUUUCUGUGGUUCUCGUUUACCACCUAUCAUCACUUCGGAAGGUAAUAAUCUUCGGAUCGAAUUUAACUCUGAUAAUUCGGUCCAAAAAAGUGGAUUUGCUGCAGUGUUUUUUACAGAUAAAGAUGAAUGUGCUACAAAUAACGGAGGCUGUCAACACAUCUGUAAGAACACGAUAGGAAGCUACGUGUGUGCUUGUCAUAAUGGCUUCAUUCUUCACGAAAACAAACAUGACUGUAAAGAAGGAAGCUGCACCCAUCAUAUCUCCGAUCCUGUUGGUGAAAUUAGCAGCCCUAACUUCCCAGACUAUUACCCCAGCAGGAAAGAAUGUGCCUGGCUCUUCACCACAACCCCAGGUCACAGAAUUAAACUGCUGUUCAACGAUUUCGAACUGGAACCUCACCAAGAGUGUACGUAUGACCACAUCGCUAUUUACGAUGGGGAAAAUACUGAUUCGUCGACCUUGGGCCGUUUCUGUGGCAGCAAAGUGCCUCAUCCAAUUUUGGCUUCAUCCAACAGAAUGUAUAUGAUUUUUACAUCGGAUGCUUCUGUGCAGCGGAAAGGCUUUAAGGCUACACACUCUACUGUCUGUGGUGGCCGUCUAACAGCGCUGCCUUCGGUGGAGCACUUGUACUCUCAUUCGAAAUAUGGUGAUCAGAACUAUGACAAUAAAGAAGAUUGUGACUGGAUCAUACAGGCCGAGGAAGGAACAAGUGUCAGGCUUAGAUUUUUGACUUUUGAGGUCGAACAUGAACAAGAUUGUGGUUACGAUUUUGUAGAAUUAUACGACGGGUACGACGACUCUGCUCCUCACCUAGGUCGUUUCUGUGGAAAUAAAGUACCACCAGAGUUCACGUCUACUGGUGAUGGUUUGUUGUUGAGAUUCAGGUCGGAUGAUACCAUUAACGCUAAGGGAUUUUCGGCCGCUUAUCUGGCUGUUAGCGAUGUUGGAGGAGGAAUAGAGGAGACAAUAGACAAGAACCAACUGCUGUUAGGGAACUGACCUAUCCUAGUAGCUUGUACGUUAUAAGUGCUUAGUCGUAUUUAUAUUCCUUAAAGUCCCAGUACUUCGUCUUCAUUUUUCUCCGGGUUCAUGGAGAAGUGUGUUACUUCCGAGCUUGUAGGUCGCGAACCAACAAUCAAGUUGUGGGAGCAGAGGCCAGUGCCAAAGUAGUGGAAAGUGGCCGUCAGUUAUCACGGAACUUGUACAAGUAUUGAAGUAUUACACUUACAAUAGUUUGUUUUAUAAUUUAGUUAUUUUAUUUAUCGCAACAUUUGUGUGAAACUAUAUGGUAUUGUUAAAAGUACUGUUUGUUUUUAUCUCUUUUUGAAAUGUUUAGUAAUUGUACAGUUGAUUAUUUUAUCAAGUUUAAGUUCUAAAGAAUUCGUGAAGUCUACUCGCAUAAAUUUUAGAUUAUUUAAAACGUUUUAAAAUAAUGUGGAAAGAUUUUAUCGUCCAGUCUUCGCAUACUUUCGAAGGUCAACUAUAAGAAGCAUCUGUAAUGCGAAAAUCCUAUAGAACCGCGGUAGACUUGUCCAUUGUUCUUCCUUUAGUUUCAUGUUAUAUUUGGCUUUAAAUAUUGACAUUCCAGUUAUGACAGUUGAUGUUUUAAUUUUAAUAUGGUAUUACAAAGUGUUAGUUUUAAUGUUCUGGUUUUUACUUCAUACUGGCGGUAAGAGAUAAUAUCUUACAGUAUGAUAAGUGUAAAAUGUUCCUUAGCACGAAAUCUGUAAAAGAGUUGUAUUGUAAGCCCCCUUUUAGAAAGGAAGUUGAAUUAAGUAGCAUAUCGCGACGAUAUUAGUCGUAUUGAAUGAGUGUUGGUGUUGAUAUGGAAGUUUGUGUUGAAGUUUAGCGAUUGUUGGAUGUUUACUUUAACCUUCAAUACAGCACUGGUUCAGCUUUCUGGUGCGAGGUAGCCUACGUAGGCUGUCGUCCUCUGUGCAAUCGAUGUAAUACUCUUUGUGCAAAGGAGAAUUAAAUAUUGCUUUUCGUA